CCGCAGAGGACGAGUCCCAGCGCGCGCGAGCCGCGACCCGCCCGCCCUGGAAUGCGCGCUCACACGUUGCCGCUGCCGCCCUUCUGGAGCUCGCGGACCCUGCCCUCCUCGCGCCCCGUUCCUUGAUCGCCGUCCUCACGGCACGGCUGCGCGUCUCGAACGCGACCGGGCGUCUUCCCUUGCGCCACCACCCCUGUACGAGGACGACAGUCGACCGGCCAGUGAUUUCCAAACUACCGUCCGUAUCCAAAUAAAACCUGAAGACUCAGCUCUUCCCAAAACUACCUUCGUUGACUCUUUUUUUUUCGGAACAAGUGAGUUGUGUAUCGCGUGUUUCUCUCUCCCUGAAACUUCUGGCCUGUACCGUGCUCGAUUUACGUCGCUUGUGCUACGUGUGUUGCUGCAGCGUGAUUUCUCGUUGUCCCGCGACUGCGGUGGACGCUACGCCUGGAACAGUGUCCGCAGUGGGAGCUAUGCUCAGCGCCUAGCAGCGCGGCAACCCACACUGCACAGCCGUACCUGCCACGAGCGACGCGACAGCUGCCGGCCGCCGCGAUGAGGAAGGACAUGAAGAAGUCCUCCUACUACGUGUGGUUCCUGGGCGCGCAGGAGGCCAAGGGCCUGCGAGGCCCGGAGUACAUCCUGCCCGCGCUCAGCACUCUCAUCGCCCGCGAGAGGGAAGUGGAGCCUUUCAAGGUGACGCUGCAAGUGAGCCACAAGGGGCUGAAGAUCAUCCAGAACGUGCCGAAAGCGUCAGGCGGCAAGUCGGGGGCGGGCGGCGGGGGCGGUGCCGUCAAGUGGGAGACGGUGAAGCACCUGGUGCCGGCCGAGGCGGUGACGUGCGCGCUGCAGCAGGCCGACGUGGUGGCGGCCAUCCUGCUGCUGGUGAACCCGGCGACGCGCUGCCCGGUGCACGUGCACGCCUACCGCUGCGACAGCGUCGAGACGGCGAGCCUGCUGCGCGCGCAGCUGGCCGCGCUCGCCGAGCGGCCCGACACGCUGCGCCGCAUCGCCGAGCUGGAGGCGCGCCUGCGCUCGCAGGGCCUGCUGCCGCCAGCGCCCGGCGCCGCCGCCGGCGCCGCCCCCGCGCCCGGCCAUGCCCACCACGGCCACGCCGGCGGCGGAUCCGACGGUCGCAGCAGCAGCACUCGCGAAUCGGACAGCUCCGGGUCGUCGGGCCAGGGCCAGGACCGCAUAGCGUCGCUGUACGACUCGCUGGCGGCGGAGCUGCGCGCCAAGCUGGGCUCCGGGGGCGGCGCCGGCGGCGGCGGCGGCGGCGGGGGCGGCGGCGCUCCCCGCGCCCCGCUGCUGCUGCCGCCCCGAGACUACGACACGGUGCACCGCGCGCGCGGCAACAUGGCCGCCGUCGACCUGCGCCGCUCGGCCGCCGCCUCCGCCGCGACGCCGGGCAAGGACGCCACGGCCACGGGGGCGGCGUCGGCCGACGCCGGGGGCGGCUCCUCGGGCCCCAGCAGUGGCAUCGGCUCCGACCACGCGCCCUCGCCGGAUCGGCAGUCCGACCCACGAUUCCUGGACAACGGCGACAGCUCCGACGAGGACUGGAACGACCAGCCGAGCGAGGACUCGCUGCUGGUGGCGGGCGGCUGGGACCUGUCGCUGCCGCGCGCGCGCCGCCACGCCGCCACCUCGGCCAGCACCCCGACCAGCGGCCACAGCCACGGGCACGGCCACGCGCACGCCCACCACGACCCGCCGGCCAGCCUGCACUACGGCCAGCCGCAGCCGCAGCCGCCAGCCGCCUCCUCGCCGCCGCGCAGGGCGCGACAGCGGUCGCCGUCCCCUGGGCCGCUCUCUCCCAGGGACAGGUUCAAGGACGCCAAGGAGAAGUUCCUGCUGCUGGAGCGCGAGGAGCUGACGCGGCGCCACGACGCUCCCCCGGCGUCGCCGCCUCUCCCGGCGCCGGCGCCCUCUUCCGCCAGCCUGCCGGAGCGCGGGGGCGGCGGGGGCGGGCGCGCGCGCCUCUGGUCGCGCGCCUCGGACGACGACCUGGAAGACCGCUACUACGCGCAGCCGGCGCAGCCGCCGCCGCCGCACCAGCACCAGCGCUACGACAACCUGGACGACAGCUUCGAACACCCCGACGGCGCCUUCAGCUACCACCAGCCGCCCGCGCAGGGCAGGAGGGCCGCUGUGUACAGGCACCACCCCCAGGAGGAGGAGGUGGUGCGGCGCUACCGCAGCCAGUCGCCGCUGGAAGAGCGCGGCCGGCAGCGGCGGCGCGGCGAGGCGCCCCCGGGGGCGGCGGAGAGGAUGCUGAGCCCGCGGCCCGCCCCCAGGCACCACGCGCCGCCGCCCGACGACGCCUACCGCCCGCCGCGCGCCCCGCACCACCACCAGCACCACCACCAACACCAGCACCAGCCCCCGUCCGAGCACUCUUACGACGGACGACACCCGGCAGCGGACAUUCCCUUGCACAGGUACCGCAGCCCCGGACGAUCCCACGCGCCGGCGCCGCUGUCCGCCGCCCCCGCGCCUGCGGCCGCCCCCCGGCACCGGGACGCCAGCCCCCUGGGCGACGCCUACAGCCCGCCCCGCGGCUACGACAAGCGCCGCUCCAUGUUCGACGUCCUGGAGGAGGAGCGCCGGCGCAACUCCAACGAGCUGGCGCGCGAGUUCAAGAGGAGGUCGUACCAGGACGCGCCAGGUAUGAGCCAGUACCAGGAGCUGGCCGACCACGAGCGCUUCCCGGGCCUGGACCGCGAGACUGCGCGCCUCAACCACCACAGUGCGGGUGGCGGGGGCGGGUCGGCCCCGCGACGCGGGGGCGGCGGCCCGCCUCCGAUGGCGGCGCCCCCAGGCGGCGGCUACCGGCACAGCUACGCCGAGGGCGCGCUGCCACUGCACCGCACCAACAGCUCCGUCUCCUCGGGUCGCGUAGGCCUCGCCGCCGUCCACCCUUACUGACGUCACGCAUCGCAACAGCCGGAACCGACAGUCGCGUGUUGACCCGCUGGACCGCCCACGUCCUGAGAGAUCCCACUUCGUUCUUCUCCAGUGGUGACUCGAUCUACGAUCACACAAGGAAGCAAGAGCAUAUGCAGCUGUCCAAGAACACUACCACGGUUUGAGUUAAGACAGUUUAUGUUUCGAACACAGGUGCCCCGCAAUUUUUAUAAACAUGUGUGAAUCGUCGAUACUUCAUGUUGUACAAGACUGGCGCUCACAACUGGUGACCCAGUUUUAGGGAAGGAUUUGUCAUGUUGUUUCCACUGCUUGUAUUUCAUCUGAGUGCCAUGUUAGCUAGUUGGCCAUCGCGACGUUUUUAACUAUAUAUCCUCCAGGCAUUUAUUUUCCUUUGCACAUGCUUCAUACAACUCAUUUGACGACCUUUACUAGUGGUGCAGUUGUAACUUUCAGCGUCAGUUGCGAUGGAAAGGUUAUGGGGGACAGUUUGAUUAUAUUGUGUGGGUCGAUAACGCACAGAAAAAUACUGUUUUCUACAGAAAUGUACUUUUCGCAAACUUUUAAAUGUAUAGUUUUGAAUUAGAAGAGCCACUGGCGAGAGAAACAUUGCUAGAAUAUAUGCGCAGGUAUUCUAGCAAGUGUAAACAACGUUGUAAUACGACGCAUCCCUGCGACACCCCCACCCAUCCCUCUGCACUGUCUCGUCAGCUGAGUGUUCUCUGCUCACUAGUAAAGCUUCGUGAGAAAUGUUGUAUGCAUCUGGUGUUGCAACGUGCUCUUCAUCAGAAACUCUGAUACAUCGAAAGAACUAGUUUCACGUGCUCUGGAAAAUAGAGUCGUAAGAAAUUUGAACUGUUCAGAUGAUGCAUAUCUAGCUGGUCAUUGACGACAAUGAACUAAUGUGCGUUGGUAUCUUUUUGUGAGGAGCUCUUACUGAAGAAAAAUGUGAUAUUUGCUCAGUUUCUACCAUUUUUCAUCCUUGACUAGUGACCUUCACUCUGCCGAAGAGGUCACAGCAAGACAAUGCCACAGCAAGACGAGACGCAAGAGACUUCAUUGUAUUAGCAUUACUUUUACAGGAAAACACUUUCAAAUUAUCCCGGAAAUAUUUAGAUGUUUCAGGAGAUACCGAUGGUGAAGUUAAUUAUACCUUCCCAGAGCAGCCAAGUUCAUGCAUCUCAAUGUAUUCUUUACAAAACAUUUUGUAAUUAACUCAUGAUGAACUCCGUCCUUAUAGCAGAGAAAGAAUGCGGUAGAUCCCAAGAGCAGAACAGAGGAAUAAAUGUCAGCAAGUCGGGAAAUUGUGUUAAUUCUCGUUAUUUUUUUCCACGUGCGACUAUAUCUAGUAGGUUUUCACUAGAUCAAUUACGGUAUUUAUGUAAUUAAGUUUAUAAAAUUGUAAUACAUAAACAAUAUAAUAGAUUUUAUUGUAAUCAGCAUUCAGCCUAUCGAGAACUGUGAUGUGACUGGUGAACCAAAAUGUCUUGUUUGUCCUUAUGUGACUUUCUCAUAUGUAGAAAUUUAAAGCUCCCUCCAGAAGCCGCCAAAUCUACGGCUAUCACCAGCCCAUUCAAAUGUUUGUCGAUAACAAAGACUAAACGAACAUAGUUUAUUACGCUAGGACUCUCUUAGGACGAUAGACUGGUAUGAAUACUAAACCUAACAGCGUAUUAUAUUCAAAAUCCAACAACGAAUACCCUGUAAUAUUAUUAAUGUUCAAAGCGUUCUCUGAUGCUAAAUCUUGCUCAAAAUCUAUUAUAUAGCUUCUGAUUAAUAUUUUGAUAAUACCGCAUACAGUCGAAGUGAUACAUUACCGUCUGUAUGUAUGUAUAUAAACAAUUACUUACGGUUUUGCCAGAAAUUAGGCUGCGUCUGGUAUGAAAUGGCGUGUUCGGCAGUUGCUACAAUCGGCCUACACUGAUAAAAAAUAACUGAGCACCUGUUAGUAGCAGGCUUUUUAGGUGAAUGAUUUUUAAUUGGAUUUAAUUAAUAAUGAGCCCGAGUUGCAGACAGUUUGCAACGACAAACUUCGUCACCAUGUUUCAGGGGGAAAGUAAACUCUCCAAUUCAAAAAGUUGCGCCUUCGGCAAUAGUCACUUGUAGAUGGGCAUGUUUCCUAAAGUGACUUUCGCGACGAGAACGGUGUUGUUUCAAGGGCAACAUCUUCGGUGAUACGGUGACCAAUGUGAUCGGCCAUCUGAAGGGGUGCUGAGAUGGUUCCCAACCUCUAUAGUAUAUGUUAUUCCGAAUGAGUCUCAGUUGACAUGUUACGUUCAAUGUGGUCGUUAAUGUUUACAUACUGUGUGAUGAUAAAAAAAUUAUAGGUGAUCUGUUAAGAAAUUUGUUUCAUUGGUAUCGCUUUUCGUUCCUUCACCCCUCUUGGUUUCUGGUACAGACAUUGCAAUUGUAUUCAUGAGUAGCAAGCUUCAAAUGCCCUUCUGACAACCUAGUCCAAUUUUUUCCGUUGUUUUUCUGAAGUUCUAAAGGCGAAUUCUGGGAUGGAUCCACUUAGUGGACCGUUACAUCUUCGUUCAUCUGAGCUAUUAUUCUCUCGAAUCACCCAGAAGAACCAUUAAAGUGUAACUUCCCUUUCUUCUUUUCAAUAGUUCAGCAGUGUUACUAUUUCUAAGACCAUUCUUCUGCAUGAAUCCAAAAUUUUCGCGUCUGAAGUGCACUGGAUUCUGCUUUUUUUGUUUAUUUAUUUUUAUUUUGCGACGAGCUUUUCGGCACUGCUUCUCAGUUGAUAUUUCAUACCAUCGUGUGGCUGAAUUCUUAGUCGGUUUUAUAUUUUUCCCUCUUGUCACCCACCACUUCUUUUAACUCUGACAGCCAUCUUUUAAUGUAGCAAAUGCUCUAACAUCGUUCAAAAUCUACGUUAACCUGUGUUAACUUGUAUGUACCCCUAUAGCUGGUUAGAUAAGUCAGUCCAUAGAGCAGAGAAAAGCUAGGACAUAGCACUCGCAAUAGAUGCUUUGUGCAUUAUGUGUAAUACUAACAAGCGCUUCUUAGGACAACAGUGUACUUGCUGCACCGGCUCUGAUUGUUUCACCUGCAACUGCGUAAAGAGUACACUCUCUUUCAGAUAAUCACAUUUUAACUACGACGUUACUAAAUCAAAUUAUCCAAUAUUUUUUCCAUUGAUACGUCUCAAUAAACACAGGCGCUCCUUCCAGCUUCUAGGUUAAGAACUGGCCAUCUAUCCUACAGACAAAAAUGGUAAACUGUUUACGUUUUAGCAAUAGAAAAUAUAACUACUGGACUCUGUGUCGUGUUAGCUCAUGAGAAUUUUUAAAAUGAUGUGGCUAUGACACUCGAUUCAUAUUCGAGACGAGCGUAGGCCGAAAUCUCCGUCCCGAUUGAAGUUUCCCGUGAUUCCUCCUGCACACUCUAAAUGAAUGCCGACUUGGUUCACUAAGUAAGAGCAUUGCCUAUCUCCUUAACUUAUCCUCGUCGACCCCAACGUAGCGUUAUUUUCGUGAUAUCUACGUUCUUCUGUCCACAUAGACUUACUUUUUUCUGUUGUUUCUUAUAUUCUCAAUUUUGAUUUGCCUGUGGUGGGAAGUUCUUUUAAACAUUAGGAGCAAGCGUGUAAAUAAGCGAUCAUCUCGCUAUUGCGUACCACACAUUGUUUAUAAACCAGCCUCUAAAAGCACAUACCUUGCUUUGCCUGCGUUUGAUUAUUGGACAGCGAGGUAUGGUAUACAGUGGUGGGACUGACAGCUGAGUCACACGUUCUUUCGUCGUGCAAUUUGACUUAACAGUUCGUAACAAUGCCAAUUGAACGAAGGUUUCCUCUUCUUAACGGAGAUGUGUCGAAGGCGCUGAGUAGCUUAAUGCCAUCGAACCCGCGAUGUCUGCAGUGAGGGUGGUAAAAGGGGCGAAUGGGUAGCCCACCAGAGAGCGACUUCCCUUUGGAUGUCGUACAAGCGUGGUGCCUUGUCGUCAACUCGGCUGCGAGCCAGGAAAAGCAGCGACCACGUCUCGCAGCUGACCUUCACGUCAAGGACGACCGCGUGUUGGUAACAAUACGUCAGCUCCAGCCUCCAAAACCUGGAGCGCAGUUCUCGCAUGGCUCCUGGAGUUUGCUCUCAAAUUCACAUCGCCACAGUUUAGAUCUUGUUUGUUGAGUACAGCUGAUGAUUAGUAAAGUUUAUUAUCCAGAGGAAGAGGUUACGUUCUGGAUAUCCCCAGGUCGCAGCUGUCCCGUGAUGCAAUUGCGUAACGUGUCAACGAAAACAUUUCGCUAGGAAUUCAGGCUGCGGGUCUUUUCUGAAAAUACGCAUUCGAGGCUUCGGAAGAGACGUUAUGCGUAAGGCACGUUGACGUCUGCUGUGCCUUGCGUAACAAAGAGUAUCUUGUGAUUUUUUUUAGUCACAGCUACAAUAACGUAUCGCCAGGCGCACACAAAAUACUGCGACGGUGUAUUAAAUUUUGUCAAGUAUUUUUUGCAGUAGAAAAUCUUAAUUUACUGCCGGACAUCUUUUACUAAAUGGUUUUGAUGGCAUCUCUGCGAAUAACGUACAUUUCUGAUUUCCUUUUCUUGUAUUUUUUGUCUUUCUUUCCACUCGAAAACUAUUCGAGUAGCAUAACUGUGGUGUAUGCAGUGUAGAUUAUUCCCAGAAAAAGGUUAAGCCAUAAAAUGCUAGUUCCUUAUCGAUUUUCAACUGUUGAUUUUGACUGUAUUUGAUUGUCGGAGUCAUCGCUCAUAAUAUUGGCUGUUGAGAUAGUUCUUUAUCACUGCAGCCCUUUAUGGGUCUUUGUCUCCUCAACAAGCUGACUCCAUACAUAUCUGUUCCCUGAUUUAUCCUUCCACCCUCAAAUCUUCAUCUCUGUAAGGUCAGCCAACACAUUGUCCAGCCAUCUUGCUCUUGGUCAGCACUACUUCUAGUGGAACACAAUCUUCCUUUCGUUAUUCUUUUUGGCAUCCUGUCAUCUGCUAUCUUUUCCAUAUGUCCUAACCAGCGUAUUCCUUGGAAUUUAAUAUGUCUUCCUUUUUCUUUUCGUUGUAUAAAAUGGUGAACCUGGAAGCUGGAAACACCUCCAUUCGCUGACGGUAUGCCGACUGAAAAAACUGAAAAAAAGCGCUGUUAGUGUCAUUCGUAGAAAAGGUGCAGUCUUCUGAAAGACAGUGCGUUUUCAAUGGAGUUACACGUAAACUAAAGCGCCUCCAUACAAAAUCGUAGCCCUAUUGACGGUUUUUACAUACUCUUCCCUUCUUCUACUCUUCUUUUCAGUAAGCCACCUAAUAUAAAUCAGAUUAUAUACUUUAGAAGAGUAACGAAAGGUAAAAGUUAGGAGUGAAGGAGAAUACAUUUGAAUUACGACCACAGUCACAUCAGGAGGCCGCUGAGGUUCACCAGGUGUUAGACCAGACAUAAUACUACAAUAAUUUGAAUCUCAAUGAAAUAUUUCGUGGUUUCUGACGGGUCAGGAAGGGGCUGGUGCUCUUUUAACGAUCUGGAGGUCACACAGUUUUGUGUUUGUUUCCUUCUCGUGAGUGUGUACUGAACCCAUCUUUUUUGACCAAGUCCUGUUUUCGAGAUAUACUGCGUCUCACUCCUGAGAGUCGUCAAGCACAUUUUCUCUGGUGUUUCGGCAGAUAUUUCCAAUUUCGUUUCUGCGGUGUAUAUUUGGAGUCACCCCAAACAAAUACCGCUCACCAAGUCUUUCGUGCCACGAAAAGUGCCCACGUAAAGCGUCACUUUCUUCCCGUUACGAAUAAAAUCAUUUUUAAAGCAAAAUUUUACGUGUGUAUCCGAUACAGCGGUCCCAAAUUAGUCUAGUUCGAUACUGGGUUAGCAAAAUGUAUUAACAAGGACAGUAAAAUACGAGGAAUAACCAGUACACCAACAGCGACUGAGCAGUACUGCUCCAUAGCGGUAGCAGUGAGAGGGCUGGAGUACUGGUUUAUUCCUUCUGUUUUAUUGUCCACGUUGGUAUCAGUUGGUAAGCCGAAUAUCGUACUAUACUAAUUCUUGAUCGCUCUGUCCCAUGGACACGUAAAAUUCGUAGUUAAAUAUCAUUUUACUCGUAACGGGAAAGAAACUGACGCUUUUCCUCGACAAUAGAAGUCGCAUGGAAGAUGCGAGCAGUGUUUGAUGAGGGUGACUCCAGUUACACAUCGCAAAAACGAAAUUGCCGGUAUUUGCCGACAAGCUAGAGAAAAUGUGCCUCAUGUCUCUAGAGAGGAACACCCUAUAUAUAUGAUAAACAUUUAUUUAGGUACUUCCUCCGGGGUGGUCUUAAUGAAGCUGGUUUGACUUAUUCAUCCGACUAACGGGUUGCUAUACGAGUACGCUGUGGCCGCUGGUAACAAAUGAUGAUGGAAUGAGAUGCUAUGAUUUUAGACAAGAAAUAACAAGAAUGGUGAAAGUGAAAGACGGAGCAGACACAUAGUCCUUUCUUCUGCAAGUAGUAACAAAUGAUCCGCAUAGCCUGUCUCAGUGGAGGUGUUGAAAUCCCUUGACAGCAUCUGGACGUCCUUGCUAAACAGAGCCGGUAUUAUUCGUCGAACGUAUGCGUGAAGGACCCCCAAGACAGGAGUUGUGCAGAAGGCUUAGUGUACGAAACCAACCAACAGACACGCAGGCUCUCAAUGACUGCGUGCCUUUUGGAGAGCUUAUGCACAGGGCUUUCUAUCCGAAAGCGACCUUGGCGAUCGUUCACUCGCUUGUCAUGUACCGAGAGCUUAAGAACCCGUCGAGAAGGCUGGAUUGUAACGUCCGACACUAGCGCCCUGUGUAGCAAUUAGAAACCUAUACGCCACCAUCUAUCCUCCCACCCCUACGGGUUCUAACGAUGAAAACUUUUCUCCGUGACAACAGGUAAAUUUAAGGAUCGCGGAAAACGCUGCUGGAGCAGGAUGCACGGCCAGUGGGGCAGAGUGCAGAAGCCGGCGAGAGGCCGUGCCGAGCUGUAGUGUUCCGUGCAGCGCCGUGGGCGGGCCGCGGCUGACAUUUGGUGCUGCAGAAGGCCGCCGCACGUUCCGCAGGGCUGCACAAAGUGUUCGGCUUCCGCACCACGGAGGCCGCCUGCGCAGGCUUGCAGCACCGGCCACAGAAAGGAACGGGCCUAGCCCAUCCCGUGCUGGGGUGCGGGAGCUACCCCGGAUAGGUUAACUAGCUAAUCCAGUUGAAAUUUUCAACAACUUUUUGGAGUGUUAAUUUUGCAGUUCUUUAGUGAUGUAGUACCUUUGAGAAUAAAUUAAUGCUUAGAUUAGUCAUGGAUUGUGCACUGAGUAUCUGGCAACCUCCCCCCCCCACCCCCCCUCCACCCCUGCCUCCACAGCAUCACCGCGUAGGGCCGCUUAUGUAAACCAGAAUGCUGUAAACGGUAGUACACUGUCUUCUGAUAUCACCAUCCGUCACAUACUCAUAAAAAAUAAAAAAAUAAAUUAAAAAAAACGUUCAUCUCAUUUUCAGCUGUGCGGACUACAAGUUGGUUGAUCGUUUUGUGCCUCCCCAGCUGAAUAAUGUGAAUGAUAUUAAAACCACCUCAGCAGCUAUUUCAGAUGCUUUUAUUACAGCGCUUCCGGUUUCGUACUAAAGCAUCAUCUUCAGCUGACAACGUGCCGGAGUAAAGUACCUAAUCGCCGGACGAACAUAGUAUGGCCCUGCAGAUACUGCUUACUGCACUUGUGGCAGACGGUCGGCAUAUUGGAUCAGUCUGCUCACUACGCUGAAGCAUUUGCUUUUCAGCUUUAUCCUUGGUGAUUAAACAUUUUUGAGUCAUGACACCGACGUAUUUCUGCCACUUUGACACCUGAAGAUGCUAAUUUAGAACGAAACCCGUUGUGGCAUAAUAAUCGCACCACAAAUAGAAGCUGUGGUGGUGUUACUGAUCACAAGUUACACGUAGGAAGAUGUAGCAAAUAUAGUUGAGAAAGAAAUCUUCAGGCUUGCAGCACUACCUAGGACGUAUUAAGGCAUAUACACACUAAUCCAACGAAGACAUACGAACGACAGCCAAUGGAUCCGGCCGAACAUUGCCCGCCAGCGCACUGUCUUUCCAUUUGUCAUCUCCUCAUCAAACCUAGCGAUUGGCGCCGAGGGUUCGGUCACAUGGAAUCGUAUUUGAAGCGGUUGCUUGUCGUUCGUUGGUCUAGUCUGUAACCGCCUUUAACGGUGAACGAAUGAACGAGCGGACAUCUACAGCGAAUGUGGAUAGAGCACUUGCCGUGUAACGUGGCCGACAGGCAGAAAUACUUAUUUGUUUCAGGAUUGCCCAGCUUCGGACUAGACGAUCGCUCCACAGCGUAAUACGAAUUCAAAGAAGUGUUGCAAGUUCAUAGGCUACUGCCCCAUGUUACUCCCCGAAGGGUGAAAAACAGUAAUCGAAAAGACGUUAACUGGCACGAAAAUUGUUUUUGAAUUAUGUCAAAUACAGUACCAAAAAGCCACAGCUUGCAUUAUUGUCUGUUGUGCACUAAAUAAUUAAUAGUGAAAGGUUGGAAUUCAACGAAAAGAGCAACAUCCAGAAUUAAAGAUUUUACUUUAACAAAGCUUCCGAAGCGUACAGUCUACAAAUAAUUUGUUUUGCGUACUGUCAAUGUAUCGCCUCUUUUACCUAUGCUACUGUAUGUUAAGUCGAAAAAUAUCUUGUUGCGUUAUGAUUCGGAGUCCACGAUAAUCUGUAGAUCGCGUUAUAAUCGGCUUGGUCGGAGGAAGGCAUAUGAUCUCCAAUGGGAGGGACCAUAUCUAUUACAGUACUAUGGUGUUCAAACCUUUUGGUUGCUGAGAAUUGUUUCAUUCACCCUGAAUUUCUGCUGUUGCUUGCUGGCACAUCAUUUCUGUUACUGCUAUGCUAUUCAAGCACAAGGCAGUGGAAGUACUCCUUACACUGUAAUAAAGCAGUCUACUUGUUCAUAUCUUAAACAUCUUUUUUGAUAGUGCUACAUCUUCACAGUAACCAUUCUUUUCUUUCAGUCAUUUUCCCUUAGUCACAUUCAAAUUAUAUCCUGAGCUUUCAGAUCCACAGAACUUCCCUAAUGUACCUAUUUAACUAGUUUUUUAAGUGAAAAAAGUUAUGCUAAGGUUUCCUUCCACACACCCACCCACCCACCCACACACACACACACACACACACACACACACACACACACAAAUGACACAAUUAUAAUUCUCUACCUUUUUGCUAUUACAGCGCAGUGUGAGGAAGUUUGCCCCGUGGACCAAUUCGUCGUUUCACCUGGAAACUAGAUUUUCCUUAUGAUUCUUAAAAACUAGCAAUAGUUCAUUGCGAAUGUCACAUAAAUCAGUAAUGCUUUGCGUGCUAACGGGCAUAGCCACUGUUGCUCCUCCGCUAAAUUACACUGGCAUUCAUUGGCAUUUGCCGCAGUCUAUUUGUUGCCAACUAUCAGAAGUCCGAGAGUCUUGUAAGUACGUAUAACGGUAGCCUGACUGGUAAAUACAUCUCCGGCGGCCUUCAAGGACGUCCGUAACCGCGCCAGGGAAACGCUCCAACAAGAAAUACCAACUAACGGUCUGCACGUGCAAUAAAACUGCUCCCUGCCGUCGCCACCUCGCAUCAGCAACACGUGACACUACCAUAUGUGAUUGUAGGCCUGUCUUAAAAAACGUGCACGCAAAAUUACACUGUUAGAAGUAUGUGUUUAUUAUAGGCGUAGAAAAAUCAUCGGUGUGAUAUCAAGGUAAUGUCUCAUUAAAUGAGUGAUUACUUGUUAAAAAAUCGCUGCUACACGUGCAACCCGAUUUCGAGAGACAUAUGUGAUUUCAUCUCUAGAAAUGUCUUCUGAACGUGAAAAAUGUCGUCUCACACCACAGUCUAGGUUGAGUCUCGAACUGUUUCUUCCCUGCAAAACUGACUGCGUGAGCUAGUUAAGAGGUGAGAGAGAAGCAAAAGCUUUUCACCUGCAACAGGUCUAUGCUUAACAAGGGGCUAUGAUUUCAGAAUAAGAUUCAGGUUGUUGCAAACUCGCUCUUCCUUUCUGUUUUUUUCGUUCUUUCUAUCUUCCUUUGAUCCUUUCUUUUUCUUUCUGUUUUCUUCUAAUAGAAUAAGACAUACAAGUAUGUUCUCAAAGGUAUUCGUUACAUAUGUGCUUUUACAACUUUUCUUUGCUUUGAAACUUCCUAGCAGAUUAAAACCGUGUGCCGGACCGAGACUCGAACUCGGGACCUUUGCCUUGCGCGGGCAAGUGCUCUACCAACUGGGCUACCCAAGCACGACUCACGCCCCGUCCUCACAGCUUUAAUUCCGCCAGUACUUCGUCUCCUACCUUUCUUUCUUUGCUUUGUUUGAAAGUUUCCUGCCUUUCUGUAUGCUAUAUCCUUCUCAUGCUAUCUCGUGCUAAUCUUUUUAAGACUGCACAUCAUACAAGUUGCCAUAACUGAUAAUGUACUAUACGUAUUUUAAUGUUUUACUACUUCUACACAACUUUAACUGUUUGCAAGUGCCUAGUGCCUUUUCUUCAAGUCAGGAUUUACUAGAGAUUUCUCAAUAACUGAUAGUUGUAUAUUUGUCCAGGAAAGAAAGGAAUCGGUUUCCGUAGCCUGCAACAAUCUCCCUCUUAUGCAACCCUGCUGUUUCACGUAAAAUUUCUGUGUAACGCAGUUAUUUUACAUCUUCUAUUGCAUCUAGCCUAAUUUCGACAUUUAGUAAGCCGCUGAACUCCUUUCUGACUCUCUUCAUCACUUUCGUCUGUUUCAUUUAUUCUUGCCCAAAAUCAGGCUCUCUAUUCCAUUCAUCAGUUCAUAAAAGUUUUCCUUGCUUUUCCCGUGCCACAUUUAUUCUUUUUCUGAAAUUUUCUUUGGGCUUCUACAUUCCUACACUUAUGUACAAGUUAAAUCACGCUGACUCUAAUAUUUAACUUUAGUUCAUAUCUAUCUGAACUUGUUGUUUUCGUUGAUUUUAAAUUUUAUUUGCAUCAGUUAUACUGAAGUGAACACGUCAUCACAAACAUCCACUUUCAAAAUUCUUCCGCAGUAACCUGUUCUUAACUACAGCGUCUUGAACAGUUCCCUCAAAGAAGAAAUCAGAGUUCCGCUACAUGUACUGCAAAAGCGGAGUCAUUUUGUGAAAGAUUUAAUGCGUGUGACUUAAGCCCUAUUACUGCACUCAAAGGAAGAGAAGCAGAGAAUCUCCCUUGGAACGAACUUUCCCCUUUGCGUUGAGGAAGUGAGAAAGAAAAUUGAUCGAACAACAACGUGUUGGGUGAACACUAUUUUAUAUUGACGUGCGAGUGCUGUUAUUGUGCGCCAGUGAGAAAAUCCGUGAAAAUUCCCCUCCGAAAAAGGAAGAUGUUUGCGUCAGUGUGAGGCUGAGCAAAAGCGAAUUCCGAGAAGUGUGAUGCUCGCCGAACGGUGAUCCGGGACGGGAGGGUGCGGCAAGUGCGAGAAGCCCGCUCGGCUGCUCGUAGGGGAAAGUAGGUCUCGGCCAAUCACGUGUGAGUCUUACGCACGCCGACCAAUAGGAGCCGCGGUACGGCUCGGUAGCUCUUCCGGCGGGGAGGAAAGCCGAGCUCUGGGCACUCACUCGUCUGAACAGGACCUGACUAGGCGAAGAAAUUCUGAUGAGUUUAAUUUCUGUGCUCUGGUUUCGUAAGACAAAAUUAUCGCCACAAGGAGACUGCUGCGUUGACCACAUCCCACUCACACACAAACGUCAAAUGCUGCCGACGACCCAGUGCGCCUCGGGCAAGUAUACUGGCUGAUGUAAGACUUUACUAUCGCCAAGAAAGAAGACAGUAUUACUCCCCUUCAGUUCUCCGUGUACAUCGGUUUUUGUUAUGCCAACUUUAUGAGCCUCGCAAGAAGUUAGUAUGUUUAAACUUUGACCAUCCAAAUAAUGUUAUGAAAUAUUGAAGUACUAUGUCUUCGACACUGCUGAACUGUUUGGAAAUCUCGGCUUAGUUUUUGAUUUCCCAUGUUGUUCUUGUACCACAUUCUCCCUGUCACUUAACAGAGUGUCCUUAACGAAACCAUUAACCAAGCUUUAGGUUUCAUGUUAGUGAGGGAAGUGAUUGAUCUGUAGGCAAGACAUGAGAUAAAACUGGAACCUUUUUAACAUUUUCGAGAGUAUAAGAGGUGACGGAAUACUGGAGGUUGAGUACCAUCUUCUCGUACAAGGUUUUCAGUACACUCAUGGAACUCAUUGCAAAAACUGUCUCGAAUUAAAGGAGAUGUGUUUCUCAGCAUUUAACUUCCCACUCGCCUGAUAAAUAAAAUUAGUACGAAAAUUGAAAUAGCUGUUGUGGUCUGAUGUAUGUAAGAAUUAAAGGUAUCCUCAAAAUAUUCAACAGUGCUGAAACGCUUACAUAAGGUAAGAUGCAAGAUAUGAUUUACUCCCGUUACAGUGUAGAAAGCAAAAAUCAAGUAUAAAAGAAACGCAGAGUUAUUUGCAACCCCUACUCAUUCUUUCAACCUUUCAAAAAUUGUCAAGUUAAUUUAGCGAUGUACAGUACUUUAAUUUUUUACACGACAGGCUAUAAAUCAACAUCGCUCAAAAGGCCAGAAGUUCCAAAGCAGAUAGCAGCUGCCUUACAUGCCAGGAAAAGCGAAAAAGAAUCCUAUUCCCUCUUGGCAUAAAUAAAUAGUAGGAUUUCUGAAGCUACGCUGUUUCGAAGCAUUCGAAAUUAAUUUGCGAUAGCUUACGCGUAGGUGAAAUAAACGUGAGGUAUGCGGGAGGCGUUGAAGUACUCCCACAGAAGUUAUUCUUGCAUUCAGCGUCAGUUUUCUAUGAGGUUAUUGAAGAGGCGUAGUCAACGAAAUCGAAUGUAUAUGUCAAUAUUUUGCUCUUUGACAUAAUUUAACACACUACAUUUCGUAUGAUAUCCGUAAUUUAUAUAUGUCACUGUGGUGUAUAUUUUGUAUAUAAAUAAAAGUAUAAAAUGUAACAUCUUCUUAGAAGUAAUAAAACGUUGUUUAAUUUCCAUUUUCCCAGAUUUGCAUAAGCAGUGUGUGAUUUCUGUGAACUUUGGAAAUAAGUGAUAUUUGUAAUGCCAACUAUACUAUUUUGUGAAUAAUGACAUUUAAAUAAAGAUAUUUUUAAAAUCA